AGCGCAUUUCAAAUUAUACUCUAAAAAAAUACGCCAAACUUUCAAGAGUAUGAAAUAGAAUGUGAGUCCAAUAAAAAUAGGUACAGUCUUUGGGUUAAAAUCAAAAUUUUCUCUAAGUAAUUGACACGGACGAAGCACUUGAUCGUCCUUGGGCUUCUGAGUCGGACUUUCGAGCAAUGGCAUCCACCGCCGUGGUUACCGCCGACGAGAGGCGGACAGCUCAGUCGCGCCCGAAGCGCUUCAUCAAGAACCAAAUCCCCGAAUCCAUACUGAACGACGCGGCUCUCAACGCCGCCAUCUCCCUCCUCCCGCGCAACUACAACUUCGAGAUUCACAAGUGCGUUUGGCGAAUUCGAUCCACGGCGGCUAAGCGCGUCGCUCUCCAGUUCCCCGAGGGCCUCCUCAUGUACUCCCUCGUCAUCGUCGAUAUCAUCUCCACAUUCACCUCCGUCGCCGACUGCUUCGUCCUCGGCGACGUCACCUACGGCGCCUGCUGCGUGGACGAUCUGUCCGCCGCCGCGCUGUCCGCGGAUCUCCUCAUACACUACGGCCACAGCUGCCUCGUCCCCAUUGACUGCACAACAAUCCCCUGUCUGUACAUCUUCGUCGAGAUCUCGAUCGAUGUAACCAAGCUUCUCCACGAAUUGAAGAUCAAUUUCUCCCCGGAGCAAUACGAUGAUUUCAUCAUGGCCGGUACCAUCCAGUUCUCGACUGCAAUUCGGGCUGUUAAACCGGAGCUCGAAAAUCUAGGGUUUAGGGUUUUGAUACCUCAAUCUAAGCCCCUGUCAGGUGGAGAGGUUUUGGGUUGCACCGCUCCAAGCGUGAGCAACAAGAUUAGCAGUCCAGAAACAUCAGUUCUGAUCUUCGUUGCAGAUGGGAGGUUUCAUCUGGAGGCAUUCAUGAUAGCUAAUCCAAAGAUCAGGGCAUAUCGAUACGAUCCAUACAUGGGGAAGCUGUUUCUUGAGGAGUACGAUCACGCCGGGAUGAAGGAGGAGAGGAGAAAAGCCAUAGAGAAGGCCAAGGGGGCAAGGAAUUGGGGAGUGGUGUUGGGGACUCUGGGGAGGCAGGGGAACCCCAGGAUCUUGGACCGGCUGGAGAAGAAGAUGGAGGAGAAAGGGAUGACGUGGACGGUAAUCAUGAUGUCGGAGAUAUCUCCGGCUAGAAUAGCUCUGUUUGAAGACUCGGUCGAAGCCUGGGUUCAGAUCGCGUGCCCUAGGUUGUCCAUAGAUUGGGGGGACGCGUUCGUGAAGCCGCUCUUGACACCUUUUGAAGCCGAGAUUGCCUUGGGUGAUCUUCGCGGCUGGUGGGAAAGGAAACCGAAGCUGGAAAGAUCAAAGAAAGAAACCUGCUGCUCGGUCUCGUGCAAUGGCGACGACGACAGCAAUGGUGGGGCUUUGGAAGGGAGGGAGGAAGAAGAUUACCCAAUGGACUAUUAUGCUCAGGAUGGUGGGGAAUGGAAUUCUUGCUACUCCAAGAAGAAGACUGCUGAAACUUCACAGAGAAGAAGAGGACAGAACCCUUGCAACUCUUCAGCAGGCUGUUGUUGAUUUUUCAUGGAUUCACUUCGCAUUUGUAGUAUUUAUGAUGUUAGUUAUUUCAUGAUCACAUUUUGACAUCAAAUUGAGAUGAUGUGCUUAAUUCAUUACUUCCCAUGU